CCUUAUUCUUCCGAAUUCUUGGUGGUCUUAUCUUAAUUCACUCCUUCCUUGCUUUCUUGGAGCAGAGAGAGUGAUGGAGGCAGGGUCUAUUCUGAGCUCCUCCUUCAACCCUCCUAAAACCCUACUCACUUUCAUUUGCAAACCCUCAUCCGCUCGUUUUCCCCACCCCCACGGACGUCGCGAGCUGCUGCUUCCUUGCGCCACUCUCCCUCUCAUAAUUGAUAAUCCAAUUGGGACUUCCGCUUCCAACUAUAAAGAUACCAUUCCCAGAAUUGACAAGAGUGGCAAAUUUUGUAGCCCCAGAGCUGCCCGCGAGCUCGCUCUGAUGACUCUGUACGCGGCUUUCUUAGAGGGCUCCGACCCAGUUCGCCUUUUCGAGAAACGGCUCAAUGCGAGAAAAGAAAUUGGGUAUGAAUUUGAUAGGGCCUGUUUGAUGGAAUAUGAUCACAUGAGCUUCGGAGGGCCUCCCGUUGCCACUCAAACUAUUGAAGAAGCCGAUGGGAUUUUGCGAAAUUAUCAAAAGGAGUCUCACAUUGAGGCCGAAGUUCUUUCAGCACCUCCAAAAUUAGUCUACAGCAAAUUAAUCUUACUUUUUACUCGGAAACUUUUGGCUGCAGUUUCAGAGAAUUGGGAGAGUAGUGUGGUUGCAAUUGGUAAAGUUGCACCCGAUAACUGGAAGAAUGAACCAGCUAGUCGAAUCCUUGAGUUUUCUAUACUGCACUUAGCAAUGUCAGAGAUAGCAGUUCUUGGGACAAGGCACCAAAUAGUCAUAAAUGAGGCUGUUGACCUUGCGAAGAGGUUCUGUGACGGGUCGGCCCCUCGCGUAGUAAACGGCUGUCUUAGGACAUUUUUGAAGGAGUUGAAGGAAAAUGGUGAGGAGCAGCCUCAAAAUGGUUAAAUGUAAGAGACUGUAUGAAUAGUUGAUGGCUGUAGGUUGGAUUUUGUAUGUGAGUGAAAACAAUUUUGGGCUUCAUUCUAGCAAUGUAUAGUAGUCCCAUUCAAUGUUGGUUCUGUUUUAAAUCGUUGAAGAUGCAAUCUCAAAUUAAGUUUCUUUGGCAGGUUA